GAAAGCAAUUAUUCAGGUAUUCAUAUUUUUAUCAAAACAUAAACAACCGUAAAUUAAUUCGAUUUCCCAGGAUUAAACGUGUGAUCCGACAUAUUAAAAUUAUUUUAUGGAUUAAUAAAUUAAAGCAGAUAUGCUUCUUGACGAUAAGGACAAAAAGUACAAAUUAAUUGUCGAAAAGAUUUACCAACGUUGCCAAGAACUGCAAACAGAAAAUGAGCGUUGUGUGCUACGCAUAAACACAGUAAAAAAGCUAUUGAGAAGACGUACUCGUGAUGUGGAAUUAUUGAAGCGGCGGCUUGACAAGCACAAUGACAUUUGGCGACAACUUCCGAUGGUGGCACCUCAUCCAAAACGUAAAAUAGAGCAGAAACGUGGUCCUAAACCAAAACCGAAGAACAUUACUGAGGAACCAACAGAUGGUAAAGUUAAGAAGGUGCGCAAGCAACGCACGAAAAAGAAUCCUAUACCGCAAGUUCAAAGUACCGUUGAAGGUAGUAUGCAGCGUUUACCACAGUUUGUGCAGCAUCAAGAGCAACAACUACUACUUCAACAACAAUUUGUACAAUAUAAACCAGAUAUUUGAAAGAAUAUUUAGGCAUUUAAUACACUUUUAUCCUUAAUUUUUAGUUUAAUUUGUUUAUAUAGCACAUAUCUGAAAGAGCUCACUAGGAGCUUUUGAUAAUAUAUAGCAAGCAGUUUCUUCGAAAUACAAAACAAAAAAUGUUUUUAUUAACAUCAAGUAA